GCUAAGUUGCUGAGGCUGGCUUUGGACUCAUGAUCCUCCUGCCUCAGCCUCCAGAGCACUGGGAUUACAGGGGUGCGCCACGGCGCCUGGCGAGGGCAUUGCUCUUUGACCCAAGGAUGAGAGAUGCUGUCCUGCUUGGGGUUUGCAGGACAGAGCCUGUGUCUGUUCCAGAUGGAGUAAGGGGACGGGAGGCUGGGGUUCCAGUGUCCCCCUAGCCAUGCCUGAGUGUCCCUGGACUUCAGUUUCCCUAGCUGUCAGUAGGACCCUUUCUGUCCUGACCCUCUAAGGUCACACAACAGAUGAUAUGAGAGCCUGGUGGGAACUUUUGAGGCAAUUAAGAGAAGGAACGGCAUUCCUGGCAGAGAGAACAGCAUGCCAAGGGUGAAGGGGCUCAGAGUAUGGAGGUGAAGAGCCCAGGUUUUGGAGCCCACCUUUCCCCCACUUACUGUGUGAGGGUGGGCAAGUUGCUUCUCCUCUCUGGUCUCAGUUCUGCAAGGGCCGAACUGGCCCUUUGGUGGUAGAGGCAACUUCCUGAGGCUGGUGAGGAGGUUUCUCGUUCGGGUUAUGCUCCCGUCACUCUUCUUUAUCUGAAGGGUUUUCUGUUACUUUGCCUCCCUGUGAAGCUCUUAUUCAUCUCUCAAAACCCCAGCUGUCAUGUCCUUCUGUGUGGCCCCCACACACGCUGCGCCAGCCCUGUCCUGCUCUCCAGUCCAACCGCUGACAUGGGGGGCUCUUUGGGGCCUGAGCUGAGGUCUUCGCUCAGGGUGGGCACACAGUGGAGUCUGGGAGUUUGUUGAAUGAAUAAAGGAUUCAGUGGGAAGGAGGAUUUGUUGGUGUACUUGGCGUCUGAGGGUCUGACAGGGCUGUGGGCCAGGACACUUUGGGGGUCCACUGUGGGAUUCUUGGGCCAGACUGGGGAGGAGGGCAAGUGGGGGAGACCUUGGCCAGAGGACAGGCCUCCUCCCCUCCAGCCCAGCUGCCGGCCUUGGCUCAGACCGUCCUGGGAGAGCUGAUUACAGGUUCCUGGGGGGCGGAAGGAACAGCCUGCUCUGGGGUCAGAGGGCAAGGCUGGACAGCAGAAGGCAAGGCUACCAGGAUGGGGCCAGCCUCAGCUGGGGCGGGCCAGCCCCCAUGACACAGAGAAGGAGAAGGGGGGAGACAGGGAGGCUAAGCGAUGGAGGCCAAGAGACUUAGAAGCAGAGACCAAGGACCUCAGAGGUCUCCAUCCCUGCUCUCUCAGCCCCAGCAAAGCCCCGAUUUGAUGGGAAAAGGGAGGGAGGGAGGGGGCUGCUCUGGGAGGGAGCCAAUCCGCUGCCCACCCAGCUCCCCUCUCUCAGCCUCAGUUUCCUUCUUUGGCAAAAGGGAACCAUAAGAUUCCCCCCACCCACCCCCUGGACCUUGGGCAGGCCCAGGACACACGGGCUGUGCCGGUCUCCAGCCUGGCUCCUGGGAGACCCUGUGUGUGGAGACCCCCGCCCUGGGGCUUGGAGGAAACCCAGGCCCUGCUCAGUCCCCUGGGGCCUUGGACAGGCCUGGGGUCCCUGUGUGGACCUCCGUUUCCUCAGUGUGCAGUGUCAGGGACAGGAAGUGUCUGAAUGCUGCUGAGCUCAGGAGACCCCGUAGCCCCCCAUGCUGGCUGGCUUCCCCCUUUCUUUCUCUGUCUGCUGUCCAUCUGUCUCUGUCUGUCUGUCUCUCGGGGACUGACCCAGGUCGGGUGCAUUCAUUUGCUCACACAGGCCCUGAUCCCACCCUUGACCUUGGCCCCGCCGGGAAGGCUGUGUUCCUCCUCCAAGGGCCCCCAGCUGGGGCGGCCCAGGCCCUAUAAGGGGAGAGUCCCCGGUGGGGCUGGACGUCUUCUGCCACCAUGGACCCUCGUCUGCCCGCCCGGGCACUGGCGCUGCUGGUCGCGGCCCUGGUGCUGGCGAUGGGCCCCGCGCUCGCCCUGGAAGCGCGCGAGAAGCUGUGCGGGCAGCACUUCGUGCGCGAGCUGGUGCGCGUGUGCGGGGGCCCGCGCUGGUCCCCCGAGGCUGGGAAGCCGGCGCCAGGCGGCGACCGUGAGCUGCUGCAGUGGCUGGCGGGAAGACACCUCCUUCACGGGCUGCUGCUGGACGGGGACACUGCGCUAGUGCCCGGCCCCGGGGCCCUGCUCCCGGCUUCUCACCGCCGCCGACGGGAAGUGGCCACCAACCCUGCAAGGCGCUGCUGCCGCAGUGGCUGCACCCAACAGGACCUGAGGGCUCUCUGUCCCCACUGAGCCCUCCCUGGGGGUGGUCCCAGGGACAGGCCCAGAGGCACAGAGCACCGUGAUGACCGGGGGCGGGGCAUGGGGGUUGCCUGGGACAGGCGCUCACCACCUCUGCAGGCCACUGUGAGCUGUCCUGUGAAGCCACCUGGGGACACACCGCAGCCUGGACUUGAGGAUCCCCCGGUUCAUGGAGCUGACACACGGGGCAGCGGGGCAAAUGUCCUCUUUGAGAGGGGUCCCAGACACUGCCCUCCUUGUCCCCGAUGGGAAAUAAACAAUCCAGAGCA